UAAUACACUGAAUAUUUUGUUAGAAUAGUAAUGAUAAAUAAUGAUUAAUGAUUAUAUUGGAACCAUGGAUGGCUUUGACUUUUGUAAUGAAAACUUUGGUGGAAAUAUGUCUGGGUUCAAUAAUCCUAUGCCUCCUCAAAUUCCUGUUGGACCACCUUUGCAGCAAGCAUUAAUUCCAGAUAACAUGCAAAUAAGCAUGGAGCAACACAUUCAACAAACCAAUGAAAGAUUACAGUGUAUUCGAAGAGACUUGAAUAAUAUAAGUACAUUUCAGGGUGCUGCAAGAGAAUUGUUAGACUGGUGUGGAGAUGCUCGUGCAUUCCAACCUUCUUACGAGCAAAAUUUAAUGGCUUGUUUAACGGUAGUAAACAAAGUUGCUUCUAUGCAAGGCUAUGAUCUCGAUUUAGGAUACAGACUUCUUGCUAUAUGCGCAGCACAUAGAGAAAAACUUUCAAGGAAGUCUGCAGGAAUCUUGUCAUGCUGGUGUGAAGAGUUAGGAAGACUUUUGUUAUUGAGACACCAAAGAAAGUCUGAUGUUAAAACUUUUGCAAAUUCUUUAAAAAAUAUAUCUACUCCAUUGCCUCAUGGAGACAACACAAUUAUUUGGCAAGGAAAUAACCCCCAACCUAAUCUCUCAGUUUCUGUAUCUUCUGUUUGGGGUGUUUCUUCACCCACAAAUGCUAAUUCAAUGAUCUCAAUGCAGCAGUCUAAUCCAAAUGGGAUGCCACAAGGAAAUAUUGCAGGCAUAAAUCAGGGAAUAAAUCAGCAGUAUGAUAUGAGUAUGCAACCAAAUAUGAAGUUCUCAAAUCAAGGUUAUAAUCCUGAAAUGCAAAAUAUUCAAAACUUUCAACAAGGUAACAUGAAUUUUAAUCAAAAUAAACCUCCUAAUAAUCAACAAAAUAUAUAUCAACAAUAUCCGCAAAAUCAAAAUAAUUCGAACUGUCCUCUACCUGCUGCAGCUGCAGCUGCUGCUGCUGUUGCAGCAGCUGCUGCUACUGCUACCGCUACUGCAACAGCAACUGCAACUGCUUUUCAUAUGCAAGAACAAACUGAUCAAAUGAAUAACAAUGGUGAUUAUAUAGAUACUCAGCAAUAUCAGGUUCAUGGACAAACUCAGUUUCAAGCAAGAGGUGGUAUCAAUUCUGGAAUAAAUAGACAAAAUUAUAAUAGACAGCCUAUGGGUUCUUACAUGGGAGGAUCAAAUAUGGGAGGAUCAAAUAUGGGAGGACCAAAUAUGGGAGCACCAAAUAUGGGAGCACCAAAUAUGGGAGGACCAAAUAUGGGAGCACCAAAUAUGGGAGCUGUUAACAUGGGAGGACCAAAUAUGGGGUACAUGACAGUAUCAUCAAAUUUAGCACAGCAAAGGAAUCUUUAUGGGAUGCAACAGCAUCAAAUGGGAGGAAAUUUAAAUGCCCAAAUGGUUGCCUCACCUCAAAAUAACAUGAUGAGAUACCCAGUUUCUCAGAUGAAAAGAUCUCCUUCAAUGAUGGGAGGUUACAAUCAAUCUAUUAUAGGAAAUAGUCCUAUGACCCCUGAUACCACAUCUCCUCAAUUUGGUCCGUUUGUUCCUGGAGUAGUAAAAAAUCCUCCUUUUUCUCCACAGUAUCAGACACAAGGUUAUAAUGCAUUUGGUCAUGGAGCAAAUAUGAUUAGUAUGGGAAUGGGUAAUUCAAUGACUGGCAAUAUGGGAAUUCCACCUCAGUAUAACAGUAUAAACAACAUGAAUGUAAUGUCCAAUAUGAUAGGACAGCAACCAUCUGAUUCAAUUCAAUCUGUUGUGAGGAGAACUAGGCCCAGUACUCUGCAAUAUCCUCCUGUAUCUGCUGCUCAUUCUCCUAACAAUAGAUUUAUGACAAUAUGUGACUCAACUACUGGCAACCCUGAAGAUAUCAAGCCUCAAAACAUUGGUCCUAUGUAUCCUGUAAAAAAUGUUUUAACUCCUAACUCUAAUAAUACACCUAUGAGUCCAGCAGAUAUGAAACCUAUUAUUAAAACAGAUAAAGAUUGCUUACGGUUAACAUUCAAUGUAGCAAACGGCAGUGUUUUGCAACCUUUUCGUCUUCAACAUAAUCUUGCUGUAAGCAACCAUGCUUUUUUCAUGAAACCACAGAUCUAUCAAACUUUAAUGAGCAGGCCAGACUUAGAACUGCAGUUUAAGUGUUAUCACCAUGAUGACAAAGCUAUGACAACUAAUUGGCCAAAUAGUGUUAGCGUGAGUGUUAAUAAUAUUCCUUUGACACUUGAAAGAGGAGAAAGCAAAAGUUCGCACAGACCAUUACUUCUUAAAAAUGUUUGUAAAGCUGGAAGGAAUACGAUACAAAUAAAUGUGAUGGUCUGCUGUUGUUCACAUCUUUUUGUCUUGCAACUUGUUCAUCGCCCAUCAGUCAACUCUGUACUGCAAGGACUUCUAAAGAAAAGGUUGUUACCGGCUGAGCAUUGCCUUAAAAAAAUUAAAUACAAUUUCAAAACAUCAGCAGCUAAUGGAACAACAGUUUCAAGUGAUGAGGAUGGUGUUGAACAAACUGCAAUCAAAGUGUCUUUAAAAUGUCGUAUAACUUAUCAGAAAAUUAAUAUUCCUGCACGUGGUCAGGAGUGUAAACAUAUACAAUGUUUUGAUCUCGAAACAUACUUAAAACUAAAUGUAGAUAAAGUAAAUUGGAAGUGCCCAGUAUGCAGCAAAAGUGCAGUUUUGGAAGGUUUAGAAGUUGACCAAUAUCUAUGGCAAAUUAUAACCACCUUGACUAAGACAGACGUUGAAGAGGUUACAAUUGAUUCAAGUGGCUCUUGGAAACCUGUAUCUAUAAAACAAGAAAUAAAACAGGAAGAAGAUACAUCCUGUUCAAGUGGGCCUCCUCCGAAGAGAAUGAAAUCCGUUGAUUCUGCAAUGCCGUCUCCAAUGUCUAUGACUAAUCCUUCUACUCCAUCUUAUAAACCAUCGACGCCGGCAACAUGUGCAACAGUUGGACCGAGGACGCCCCAAAAUCUUCCAACAAGCUCGACACCUAAUAACGAUAAAUUUGCAUUACCUUCGCCAUCUCAGCCUCAAUUAUUACGGCAACAAAGUCAAACUGCUGUUUCUGGAGCUUGUCACUUGUCUCCUCCAGCAGGUCCGCCUACGCUAAUGCGUUCACCAGAAAAUCUUCGUCCCUCCUCUUCAAUAACGGCAACAUUCAAUAGUGUUACUACUUCUGCGCCCGCAAAACCAUCUAACUCCGCUCAAGAAUGGCGUAGUCCUGAAGAUAUAGGUCUUGAUUCUAUAUUCCCCACCCCAGAAGAAAGUGAGACGCCUGGGGACGAUGACGAAGAAGGGCUUGAUGUUCUUCCUGACAUGGACCAUGAACUACUGCUUUCAUAUCUUCCUGACAUACCUUCAGAAGAUUUGAUACUAAGCAUGCUUGAUGGAAUUGGUUCAGAUAACACUAAUAUGAGAGUUCCGGAUUACUAAAUAUGUUUUUAGUUUUAUUUUAAAAAAGAUUUUAAUCUUUUAAAAGAUAUCAACCGAGCUAUCGUGGUCAUCAAGAUCAUUGAGCUAUUUUAGUAUAAAUAUUAUUCUUUUUAUUACGAACAACGUAAAUAUUUGCACUACAAAUGUUUAGUAUGCGCAAGCGUAAUGAUAAUAUUGGGUGAUGUGUUGUUAUGUUAACGUUGCUGUUUUGUAUGUUAUAUUGAAAAGGUGUAUAAAAAGUUGCAAGAUAUUCUUGUUAUAGUU